ACAACAUGCACAUGCCAAAUAUAUCUGCACUCAUUCACAUGCAGAGGUCAGGUAGAAGCUGCAGCUACAGUCAUAUUCAAACUGUGUUCAGAAUUUGUUUCAUUUAGCUUUACUCUGUGAUCCACCAUGAAGAUGUAUGUGCUCCUUCCUCUGUGUGCUCUGUUCACCCUCACCCAACAGGUACCUUCACGUGAUAGGUGUGCAUGUGAGUUGACUAACACAGAGAAGGCUUUCCCUCAUGACAAACUCAGCACAGCGGAGGACAACGCCUCAAAAUGCAACAGUAACAUCACACCACAAAAGACUCUGGAGCUGGAAAGUCUGCUGUUGGGUUUGGAGAAACGUCUGCCCCAGCUGCAGGAAGAUGUGUCCAUGCUGGAGAGGGAAGAUGAUGGAGACCUCUAUGGAGUCAUCAGCCUGCAGGUGGUGGAGAACGAACUGCUGGAGAUUAAGCAGCUCAUCAGCAGGCUCCGCAGCACCACCCUGGAACACCAGCUUCUAACUAAUGACACCACUAAAAAAUUGGAUGAUCUAAGAGCAGAGAUGCGGGAGCUGGAGAUAUAUGACACCAUGCAGGUGGUGAAGAGACAACAAGACAACCAGCGUCUAAAGAAAAACCUAGACCAGUGCAGAAGUGGGUUUCAGGCCACAAGCCAGUCCACCCAGCAUUCAUAUGGUUUGCCUCAAUACCACACUACACACCAGGGUAAUUAUCCUCAUGGUCACUUACUGAACAUCACCUGGCCAAGGAUGUACACAGCAGAAGAGUACCCUGGCCCCUACAAGUAUGGAGCCUGGGGUCGGGAUUCCAAACCAGAGGAGGGGAAGGUGAAAUGGUAUUGGCUGGUAAUGAUGACUUACAGGGACAGAUAUUCCAACUAUGUCCGCAUCUACUCCAGCCUGAGUGCUCUCAUUGUUGGGAAAAGUGACCCAGAGAUCAGCCCCUCUAAUCCAACCACCAACACCAUCCAGGGUCCAAAUGUUGUGCUGUAUGGAGGAGCCUUGUACUACAACUGUUACAAUAAAGGUGCUGUUUGUCGAUUCAACGUGACCAUCAAAACUGUAACCACCUUACAACUUCCAAAAGGCACCAGGUUUAACUCAAAGGGAAACUUCUGCCACCUUGAUGAAUGCUACCCAUUCACUGACCUGGACCUGGCAACAGAUGAGUCAGGUGUCUGGGUCAUCUAUACCACCACCCAGGACUUUGGCAACUUGGUGCUGUCCAAGGUGGAGGAGGGGGAACCGAUGACACUUGGCCAAACCUGGUACACCUCAGUCUACAAGCAGGCUGUGACCAACACCUUUAUGGCGUGCGGUGUGCUCUAUGCAACACGGUAUGUCAACAAAGACAUGGAGGAGAUCUUCUAUUCUUUUGACACCACGACAGGCAUGGAAAGGUUCAACAUUGGUGUCUUCAUCAACAAGAUGUCAGCCAAUAUUUAUUCCCUGAACUACAGCCCUGUGGACCAGAGGCUGUAUGCCUACUGUGACUCUUACUUGGUUUCCUAUAAGGUUUUCAUAAAAGGACAAUGCUGACAACAUAACAUCCACAAAAGCCUGUAUGUUCAUUAAUUAAUAUUUUCCAGCACAAGCAAAUAAAGGUUCUUCA